UAGGACACAGAUCACGCACAGUACGCCUACAAUGGCCUCUUCUUCUUCUCCGUCAUCCACGACGAUCCAGAUACACCCAUUGACAACCGAGGAGAUAACAACCGCAACCACGGCAGCGCCAAUGCCUAGCACAGGGCCUACACCACCUGCCACGGUCAUGUCGAGCGUCGCGAACCUAGCUCAGCUCCUGCCGACUGGCACGGUGUUGGCGUACCAGGCGUUGUCGCCGUCCUUCACCAACCAUGGCAAGUGCGAGACCUCCAACCAGUGGCUCACAGGGGUGCUGGUUGUCGUCCUCGCCAUGUUGUGCCUCUUCUUCUCCUUCACCGACAGCGUUGUUGGUCGCCGCGAUGGAAAGCUAUACUAUGGCUUCGCCACACUGCACGGCUUCAACGUUUUCAACUUCUCCAGCGAGGAGGAGAGGCAGGAGUGGAACGAUCUCGACCAGUUCCGCAGGCUCCGCCUCCGGCCGCUGGACUUCGUGCACGCCUUCUUCGCGGCGGUGGUUUUCCUCACGGUAGCUUUCAGCGACGUGGGGCUGCAGAAUUGUUUCUUUCAGGACGCCGACAGGAACACCGAGGAACUGCUCAAGAAUCUGCCCAUGGGCAUGGCGUUUCUCUCCAGUUUUGUGUUCAUCAUCUUCCCCACCAAAAGGAAGGGCAUUGGAUUCAGCGACACCGCUCCUCCCCAGAAGGUCGUCCAUCCCGUAAAUUAGUUAAGUAUGUUCCCAUAACUUGAAGUUGCCACUUGCCAGAAAUUGAUUGAAGAAAAAUUCAAUCCUUCAGGAAAGUCAUGCUCAAUCGGAUUUGACGACACCGCUCCUCGCUGGCGUAGAAGUUGCUUGAUUGUAUCAUGUUGGAGAAAAUCAUGAAGUUUUUUAAUUAUAUAUGUUCAGUGUGUGUGCCAUGGUUCUUUGGCAAACAAGGAAAUAUUUUCUGUCCAAAGCAAGUGUACAGUUAUGUAGGUGCCCUGCGUCCCAGCCUCCCAGGCUUAUUAGAGCUCUCCAUUCA